CCUCCGUGGCUGAAGAUGCGUUGAGGGGUGUGGUGAUAAAUUUGGAAAUGUUCUCGACUCGCAUUGACGGUGUGUUUUUUCGUGUGUGUUUGGAUGCCGGCGACAGAGGAAUAGCAGCGAGGGAAGCGGGAUGGAGUCGUCCGUGAUGAAGCCUGAAGCCAAGAAGAAAACCAAGCCCAAACUGCCUCCCUGGCCUCCUGUGACUCCAAAAAAUGAGGCCGAAAUGUUGGACAAGCACGCUCCUGUGGUGCCUCCUCGACCGAAGUACAACGAACUGAGCCAAACCCAGUAUCGCCUGAAAAUAUUAGGGAAGGAAGGCGAGGCCACCCGAAACGUGAUGCAAAGCGAGACGAGGGAGAAAAAGCCAGAAACUCCCGUGCCGCCGCCGAGACGGGGAGAGCAGGAGAGGAACCGGUCGACGAGACACAGCCAGCCCAACAGCGACGACAAGCGGAUUUCCCCCGGAAGCGUCCAAUCAGACACGGCCGAUGACAUCGAGCAGACACGUCCGUCCCUGCUGACGGCCAAGUAUCAACAAAGCCUAAAAGACAAAAAAAGCACAUUUAUUAGUCAUGUGACUGACGACCAGGACAGGGGUGACGACGCUCCGGACAAACAGGCCAGCGCCAACAAACCGGGUGUCCUGAAAGGCGUGAUGAAGCACCUGAGGUCCACGCCCAAGGUCAGCGGAGGCGAGGCGGCCCCCGAUCCCAACAAGGACGAAGCGGCUUCGGAAAAGGAACGGCCGGCCGGCGACAAAGCCAAACAAGACAGAAGUGCAGAAUCCAAACAAGAGUUCGGCGGUCGGCUCGCAGGAAUGUUCCGGAAACCUCCUAUGGUGACGGUCGGAAGAGUGGACAGCGAUUCCGAGGCGGCCGAAGAAGACGAGAAAACGUCGGAACGAUCGAAUGCUGGAGGAAUUUUCAACGGGAUGUUCAAGAAGAAACCUGCAGAAGCACCUCAGCUGGACGAGGAGCAGGCCGCUCUCCGCGCCGACAUGUCGAACAGCAGCGACAAUCUGUUGCCGAAGCCCUCCUCGGAGGAAAAAGGAGGAUUUUUCAGCGGCAUUCUCCGAAAAUCUCCCAAGAUCCCCAAAGAGACGCCAGCCGAGCAGGAUUCCGAGGAGCUCCGCGGCGAUCUCUCGGGCAGCUCGGACAGCCUGUCGGAGAACAAGGAAAAAGGAGGUUUAUUUAGCGCAUUCCUCAAGAAGACGCCCAAAGCCGGCGCGGAGGAGAACACGAGCGCGCAGAAAGAACUGUCAGCGAGCAAUGACAGUCUGUCCGACGCCGCAAAGACGAAAGAGAAAGGAAGCGCGUUCGGCGGAAUGUUCAAGAAGUCGCCCCGAUCGACCGACGCUCCCAACGCAGAGGAACCACAAGACGACGAACGCUCGGCGGGCGGCGACGGACCCGCAGAGGAGAAUAACAAGGAAAAAGGAGGACUAUUUGGUGGAUUCUUCAAGAAGGCUGCCAAAGCACCUCAGCCUGAGCAGGACGAGAGCGUGGAUAAAAAGUUGUCAACCAGCAGUGAGAAUUUAUCUGAGGGUAAAGCGGAGAAAGAUCGAGGGCGGUUUGGUGUCUUCCUCAAAAAGACCCCCAAAGGAGAGAGGGCUGAAUCAUCAGAUAGUGAGGAGGACAAGGAGCAGGCGGUGACAACGGCAGCAAGAGGCGACGAUGCGGCCGACAGGAACGUCAACAAGGACAAAAACCUUUUCAGCAACAUGUUCAAGAAGCCUCAGAAGCCUGCAGAGGGCGACAAGGAAGCGACGCUCAAGAGUGACGCGGCAACAUCUGGGAGCUCAGAGAACUUGUCGGAAAACGUCCCCAAGGGGAAAAAAGGAGGGCUGGCCGGCAUCUUCAAAAGAUCCUACAGCAACGACAACAUGGUGGAUGAGGACAAGGAGAAGUCAUCAAGUAAUGACAAUUUGUCGGAAACCACCAACACCAAGGAGAAAGGUGGACUCUUCAGCGGCUUGAAGAAAACAACAACAACAAAAUUGUCUGGAGAUGACAAGGCUGCAUGGGACAAGGAGAAAUUGUCAAGUAAUGACAAUUCGUCUGAAAACACCAACACUAAGGAGAAAAGUAUUUUCAGCGGCAUGUUCAAGAAAGCUCCGAAAGUAGCCGACGAGGCCACAGCAGACGAGGAGUCAAACGGUGGUGAGGAGAAGAAGUUAUUAUCGGCCAGCGAUGAAAACCUGACAGAAGAAAACACACCAAAGGAAAAGACAGGAGGUUUGGCGGGAAUGUUCAAAAAGUCGCCCAAACCGGCGCCGCGCUCCACCGCCACCAAGGAUCCUCUGAGUGACGACAAGGAGGCAGAAAGUGUCAAGGACGACUUGUCAGGAGACGAACUAUCAGGCAGUUCUGUCAAUCUUGUAGCUGCCAUCGCAAAGGAGAAAAAAGGAGGCUUCACAGGCAUGUUCAAAAGGACGCCCAAAACUGCUGACAAACAGGACGAUGUUGACGACAAGGAGGGCGCGGCGCCGCCUGCGGGCGGCGGGCUGAGGCGCAGCAGGACCAUCAAGAGGAAAAGAAAAGUCGUGUCGUUCAGAGUCAAGACAACUCUUCCCAGGAUGCCGAAACUCAAUGCGUCGUCACAGGCCCAAGAAAAAAUGGCCCUCAUUGAGGAAAGUGUGGAGAUGCAGGAGAUGAACCCAGCACAGGAGAGCACAGUGGAAGUCCAGCCGGUGGAGAUGGCAGCGUACCCGACCGGGGGAAACCCUCUGGAAUCUGAGGAGGAGAACGACGGCCUGUUGGAAUGGUGGAACAACGUCGAAGGCUGGGCCGAGUGGAACGAGACGGCCAAUUUCCAAGAAGAUGAUGAGGGAAUUGCGAUGGAGGAGGCUGCCGACCGUGUCUUCAUGGCGGCGCGCCUGUUCGUGCGCCUCUUCAACCAGCGGGGGGCGUCCUUGCAACAGUGCAUCCUGGAGCUGCUGGGCAUCGCCGAUGCCGCCGACCAGUUCCACAAGAAGACUGUUUCCGCGGCCGUGGGCGGAGGCGUGGCCAGCGUGGCCGGCAGCCUGGCCACCAUCACGGGGCUCAUCCUGGCGCCGUUCACCUUUGGUGCCUCCAUCAUCGUCACGGCGGUGGGCAUCAGCGUGGCCACGGCGGGAAGCAUCACCUCGGCCACAGCCAACAUCACCGACGCCGUCCACUCCAACAUGGACCGCAAGAAGGUGGAGAAGAUGAUCCAGGACUACCAGGAGCAGAUAAAAGAUAUUCGUGACUGCAUGGAUUUCGUGCAGGAGGGCAUAGACACCUUGCAAGAGUGGGAUUUUGAGAAGUACUCGCAGAGUGCCGCCAAGAAGGCGCUGAACCACAACAUCAAGCAUGUCGUGAAGGAAGGAGGCCGGGCAGGGAAAGCCCUGAUGAUCAACACUGACAAGCUCAUCAGCACCGUGCAGGUUCUGGGCGCCGGGGCCGGGGCAGCCAAGGCCGCCCAGGCCAUCAGUGUCACCACGGGGGUCAUGUCGGCGCUCUUCCUGGCCCUUGACGUCUUCUUCCUCGCCAAGGACUCCCAUGAGCUGCGCAAAGGCGCCAAGACAAAGUUCGCCUCCAAGAUCAGGGACGUGUGCAAGGAACUGCAGGAUGGCCUCCUGGAGCUCAACAAGGUUAAGACGCAGCUGCAGAAGACCAUGGACGGCAUCGAGGUGGAGGAGUAUGAGGAGAUCGAGGAAGUGGAGGUGGAGGUGGAUGACGACCUGGAGUCCGAUCCCAAGAAAUUGGCCGAGCUGGAGCAAGAGCUGGACCUAUUGGAGGAGAAACUGGACAAGAGGAUCGAGGAAGGCAAAAAUGUGGAGAAGGAAAGCGAGUCCAAGGAGAAGACUGAAGGGACAAGGAAAAAGGACAAACUGGAUAAGGAAACUGAGAACCGGACCGCAGCUAGGAAGGAGAAGCACAAGAAAGAGGAAUCACCAUUGUGUAAAAAAGUGAGGGAGAAACCCAAAGAGAAGGACGACGCUGGGAAAGAACCACCGAGAACAGGAGACUCUAGGGAUAAGCCAGAAUUGGAGAGUAGCCACCGAGAACAUGGGGGGAAAGAACCAAUGGAGGACCCCAGAAGGAAGCAAGAACACGAGAGAAGCUACGGACAAGACAGAGGGAUGACUGGGAAUCCCAAAGUAACACCGGAGAUCAAUGAGCGGGUCAAUCAUCAGAGAGGAAGCGCCAUAUCCGCCAAAAACGAAAGCAACAUGACAGACAGGAUUCGAGCAAAGGAAUGGAGGACAGACGAUACAGUUAGUAUACAAGGACGGGACGGGGAGAAAGGGAUGACUAGAGACAGUCACGGAAGAAGCGAUGACCGCAGGCUUUCGGACCGGAGUCACGAAUCGAGUGCGAUGGACUACAUGGAGGAGAAGAUGGCAGCCAGCCAGAGGAGUCAUCACAGGUGGGCGAUGGAAGAGGAAGUACGUGGCGAGGAAAAACGAGGGAGCCGACUCGAGAGCGCUCGGUACAAGUUUGAGAAAGGCGGCAAGGACGAGGAGGAUCAUCGAAGGAGCACCGAGAGUCACAGGAGAGGAAGUAACCGAGUCAAUGCAGGAAGUCACCGGGAGAGGAGAGCAAGUGACAGAGACAAGACAGGAAGUGACCGGGAGAGGAGAGGAAGUGACAGGGACAAGACAGGAAGUGACAGAGAGCACAAACACAGUCGUCAAAGUUCUCAUCGUUCCAGCGUCCUGCUAGAUGAUGGACUCUAUAUUUAGAUUUUUAGCUCUUUGGUUUUUAAAAACUGGUUUUACACAAUUCAUCACAUAUUUGAUGAGUUCUAAAUACUGGUCCUGUUUUUGGUAGGAUUUUGUAGGAUUCUGGACAAAAAGUAAUGCACUGUAGUUAGUGGAAAAAUCACUUAUUGGGAGAAGCCAGGUGUAGGUUUUUCUGUCGGACCUUAAAGCGAGACUUCUUAAAAAGAAUUAUUUUGGUCUAGUUCUUUGGCUCAAAGUCCUAAGCAAGACCUUGAUGUCUUCUGGCCAACGUUUCAAACAAGUGCUACUGUGUCUUUUUGAGGCAAGACAAAAGCUAGGCCGGGAUAUUUGUCUGACCUCAAAGUAAGAUCUGCAGGUAUGUGUGUUUGUCCUAAUCUUUAGGUCAAAGUCCUGAAUAAGACCUUGGUGUUUAGGUCCUACUAUUCUGGUUCAUGUCUCAAGUGUCUUUUUGGGUCCAGUCAUCUAGUUUCAAGCUAGACCGAGGUCUUUUAGUCAAAGUGUUAAGCUUGACCAUGGUGUUUUGGCCCUAGUCUUCUGGCCAGUGUCUUCAACUAGACCUAGUAGGUCUGUUGGGGACAUGUUUGAAGCCAGACUUAGGUCUUUGUCUGACCUUAAAGCAAGAUCCACUCAAAUAAUGCUCAUUUGGUCCUCGUCCUUCGGUCAACAUCUCAAGCUAGAUGUAGGUCUUUUGGGGACAAGCUUCAUAUCUGGACCUACAGUAUGUCUUUCGGUCCAGGUCUUUUAGUCCCAUUCCACACAAGCAAGUCAUAAGCCAGGCCUUGUUUUUUUCUGACCAAAUUUCAAUUUACUGCAUGUCUUUAGCUCCAGGUUUAAAGCAAGGCAUUGGGGUUUUGGUCCUUGUGUUCUGGCCAAAGUCACCAACCAAACUAAGGUCUUCUUGAACAGCCCUAGGUUUUUUGGUCAAAGGCCAAAGCAAGAUCUUGGUACUUUGGUCCAGAUCUUAUAGCCAAAUAUUUGAGUAAAAAAUGUUCAUGUUUUUAGGAUAGUUAUAUAUAUUAUAAUUAUAUUAUUAUUAUUAUUAUUAUAUAACUAUAUACUUAUAAUUAUUAUUAAAUGAUGCCAUUUUGGCUUGUUAUGGUUACUUACCGCUGACAUUUUUAUACAAGUCUGGUGUUGGUUGUCUUUCUGAGCAAAUAAAUUAUUUUGUGCCAA